UCGGCCCCUCUCGGUCCGGAGCAGCCCGGGGGCACCGGGCACGGCGGCGUACGGGAUACAGGUACAGCGCCGCUGUGGCCGGGCACGAAGAGGCCCCGGGAAAAUAAACACCCCGUCCCGCCGGAGGAGCCCUGUGGCUCCGGUACAGAGAUGGACUCCUUCAGCACCAAGAGCUUGGCCCUGCAGGCCCAGAAGAAGCUCUUGAGUAAAAUGGCUUCCAAGACCAUGGCCAAUGUCUUCAUUGAUGACACAAGCAGCGAGAUCUUGGACGAGCUCUAUCGAGCCACGAAGGAGUACACCCACAAUCGCAAAGAGGCCCAGAAGAUCAUCAAAAACCUCAUCAAGAUUGUGAUGAAGCUGGGCGUGCUGUACCGCAAUGGGCAGUUCAGCCCUGAGGAGCUGUUGGUGAUGGAGCGCUUCCGCAAGAAGGUGCACACCUUGGCCAUGACAGCAGUCAGCUUCCACCAGAUAGACUUCACCUUUGACCGCAGGGUCAUGUCAAGUGUGCUGAUGGAGUGCCGGGACCUCCUGCACCAGGCUGUCAGCAGCCACCUGACGGCCAAGUCACACUCUCGCAUCAACCAUGUCUUCAACCACUUUGCAGACUACGAGUUCCUCUCAGCCCUCUACGGGCCAGCCGAGCCCUACCGCACGCACCUGAAGAGAAUCUGCGAAGGUGUCAACAAGAUGCUGGAGGAGGACAACAUAUGAAGCUAUUGGUGGCAACAUGACUCAGCAUCCCAUUACCUAUGAGCCUGAAGACAGGACACACGGCCAUUUUGGUGAUGACAGGGCUUUGUCUUCUUCUCUGUGAUGCUAACUCUCUCCUCUUUAUGUAAAAGACUGAACCUCCUGACUUUGUCCAUCCCUUGCCCAGGAUCUGCAAACCUUGCUCCUGGCUGAGUUCUUUGCAGGUGCUCCAGGGCUUCUGGCUCCCUGGGCUCCUGCUGUACGUUCUUGGUUUUCCUUUGCCCAUAAAGUGCUCUUAGCUCCGAGUCCAAGGAACAGGCUACAACUGGAUUCUCCGCUUUGAAGUUGACUGUAAUCCUUCUAUAGAAAACAAACGAAAGACUGGCAGUGUGCAACACCAAUCCAAGCAGAUGGGCAGCUGCUUGGUGAGCAGGUGUGAUAGCAUUAUCAUGGCUCUAUUUUGGCAAGGUCCCAGUACCUCCAUGACACAGUGGGAGCAAGCCAUGCUCCAGGCUUACACUGCCCAACUUAGGAGAGUACUUCUGUGCCUUGCAGGCUGGAAGGGGUUUUGGUCUCCCAAGGACAAGUCCUGGUGACCAGAAAGAUCCCCAACUGCAUGGGUGAGCAGUGGUCCCUCAGGGCUGGAAGCAUCCUGGUGGCCCUGUGUUCUUCAUCCUGGGCUCAGCUGGGAUCCCCCAACAGCCUCCUGUGGACGGUAUCACUAUGAUCACUCAGGUGCCUUCCUUUGUUAUUGUCCCAAGUAUUUCACACAUUUGACAUGUCCUCGAGUGAGUUCUAAUUGUUAUUUUUUACAAAACUCUGUAGCCCUUAUGAGUUAUUUAAAUAAACUCAACUGGUUUGGCUUGGU